GACAUAAUUUUUAUUACACAAUAUGAAAACAAUCUGAACAAUACGAGAUAUCUCGAGAUAAGUUUAAUCAUUCUGCAGAUAAACUCAUCUUGUUCAUCAUCAAAACAAGAACAUUGAUAGUUUCACAGUAUAUAUUCUUUCUUUUGUCAUGGAUGACAAAAGGCCUGAUACAGGUUGUGUUAACACGAAAUGUAAAUAUAUCACGCUUCUUAUGCUUAUGACAGUCACAUUAUAUCUAUCAAUUGAACUUUGUCUUUUCACAUCGGAUCAAUAUGUAUUUUACAAUGCUGUGACGGAACAAGGUCUACCAUAUUUAACACGUCAAGAAAGACAUAAAUAUGCAAAUCUAUCAGUUGAUGAUAAAAUAAAACUAAGAGCUGCACAAAAGAAAGCUGCUACACUAGAGUCUACUACAAAUGCAGUCAGAAUAACAUUAGGCUUAAUUUCAAUGUUAAUAAUUGGCUACAUAUCAGAUAGACGUGGUCGUCGUGUUGCUAUAGGUAUUCUACUCUUUGGAGAAUUUUUACAUAUAACAACAGUAUCUUUAAUAGUAACAUUUAAUUUGAAUGUAUGGAUACUACUCCUUGCUGGCUUUUUUGAGGCUUUCUUCGGUGGUGGACUUUUAUCAAUUUAUGCUCAAGUAGCAGCAGUUGUGGUUGAUAUAAUACGAAUUUCACACGCUAAAAAAGAUCUGACUGUUACAACAGAAAAGAUUAGCCAUGAUACAUGGAUUUGGUUUACUGUGUUUGAAUCUAUAGCUUUACUAUGUUCAUCAAGUGGCAGCCCGAUCGGAGGAACAUUAAUCUAUCAAUUUGGUUUCAACGCUGUGAUUAUCACAGGUGCAAGUUUAUUUGUACCAAGUUUAAUAAUUUUAUGCAUUUUCCCGGAAACCAAUACUACAUAUGGAUCACCUAUUAAUAUUGAAGAUAAUAAAGAAGAAAAUUCUACUACUACUAAUAAUAAUAAUAAUAAAGACAAUGAUUGUAAUGAAGUUCAAACAAUUGAAAUUCAACCUGAAUGGAAAGAAAAAUUAAUUAUGCGAAUUAAAAGUGUUGGACAUUUGGAUCCAAUCUUAAUUGUAAUUAUGAUAAUUAUCGUACUCCUAGCGAUUGGUGCCAUGGCAGAUCUUCAUUACAUUGUUAUCUAUCUCAUGGGUUCACCAUUCUUGUGGAAUCCUCAACAAGUAGGAAUAUAUAUUGGUCUCAGUGACUUCAUAUCAUCUGUUGUGGGGGUUACUUAUACAAUUAUUGUUGUUAAAAUUCGUGAACGAAAAAGUAUGAAACAAAAAUUAGUAACAAAUGAUAAUCAUACAUCUCAAGAAGAACAUAAGAAUGAUAAAUCACGAGUAGUAUUUUUACGGAAUAUGAGAUUACUGAUCUUUACAUUGGCAGGUACUUUAUUAUUAAUGAUAAUAAACAAAAUAAUGAUGGGUCUUGCACAUCAGUUCACACAACAAACAGCAACUACUAUUGUUUAUAUGGCUGCUAUUCCUCGACUAUCAAAAAGUUUCAUCUCACCCGUUGCACGCUCAAUGUUUGCACUAUGCACACCACCAAACAAUCAAGGAAUGAUUCAAUCAUUUGGAGGAUUCGUUGCUCGUAUUGGAUUCGUCAUUAGUUUUAUCAGCUUACCAGCUGUAUAUGCACUCACUGUUACUAUAUUUCCUCCGAUUGUAUUUCUUGUUGUUAGUGGAGUCUUGGUUCUAACAAUCUUAAUUGAUCUGUCACUACUACCACUUCUGAAAACAAGCAAAGUUUAUCAUUAAGAAGGUGGAAAUAUCCAGUUAACGAACUGAAAGCUAACAAAUAUUUUUUAUUAGAAAAUCUAUCCGAUAUAGUUUACAAUCACAUCCAGAAAUCUUAUUUUGAAAAAUAUAUAAAUAUAUAUAUUUUUGGUGAUAAACUCUAUUAUAAAUACUUUCAUGAAGCUUCUGUCUUGUUUUUAUUUAUAAGUACUUCAGCUCUGUUUGAUCAAAUAUAUUCUUUACCUUGAUGAAAGCGAAUUAAUACAGUUUGGAAACAUUUUUUAAAGCAUUUCUAGCAAUCAUAAUUGUGACUAACCUGUAAUGAUUGGCACUCAUAAUUUUGUUUGUAAUAAUAAUGCAAUAAGUCUAUAAUAUUAUGCUCAAAUGUAAUUAUCCUUCAACUCACGAAAAGAUCACUUACUAAACUUUGUUUAAACCGGAUUGUUUAAAAGUAGAUUAGUGAGCUUCUUUUAAAAAAGGUUUUCACUUAUAACUUAAAAUUUGAAUUACUAUUUGAUUAUAGUGACUUGCGUAAAGUCAAUUAAUACUGCGAUAAGUGUCAAUAUUUUAAGUGACCAUCAUAAUUGAAUGUUAUGAAAUGAAUAUUUUCCAUAUUUC